AUGGCAGUCGACAUAAAUGACAAGGAACUUUUGGUCAUAGGGGAUUUCGAUCUAUUGAUACACCAAGUGGGAGGGGAAUGGUCCACCAAGAAUGUCAAGAUACUUUCGUACCUGCACUGCGUGAAGGAGCUAUGCAAGAAGUUCACAAAGAUUGAGUUCAAAAAUGUCCCUAGGAUUCAGAACGAGUUCGACGAUGCCCUUGCAACUCUGUCAUCUAUGAUUCAACAUCGAGACAAGAACUACAUCGAACCUAUCGAGGUAGAGAUCAGGGAUCAAUAUGCCUAUUGCUUCCAUGUAGAUGAAGAACUAGAUGGUAAACCAUGGUAUCACGACCUCAAGAAAUUCCUUGAUACUAGACAGUACCCGGAGAAUGCUACUAAUGGUCAAAAGCGAGCCCUCAGGAUGCUGGCAGACCACGUUUUCCUCAACAGGGAAGUCCUGUACAUGAGGAUCCCGGAUUUAGGUUUGUUGAGAUGUGUAGACGCUGCCGAGGUAACCGGGCUAUUGGAAGAAAUACAUGCAGGAACAUGCGGAUCCCACAUGAAUGGGUUCACAUUAGCCAAGAAAAUCUUGAGAGCUGGAUAUUUUUAG